AUAUAAAUCGUAAUUGUAAUUUAUCGAGUAACUACGUUGAGAAUAUACCAUUAAUUAAUAUUUUUUCUACUGUGCACCGUCAAUCAAUAGCCAUUAGCCACUAUUGUUGAUUUAGUAUUCCAGUUUUUAAACUAUUUAUAUUUCCCCGAUCCAACUUUUCAUAGUUUAUAUUGUUAUAGAUUAAUUUUCAGUAUAAUAAGAGUCAUGGUCCAUUUAAGCGAAGCUCAAGAAAAACUUAAGAAAUAUAGAGAAGACAAUGAACGUAAGAGUAAAGAAGUAUUAGAAUUAUGGGAUUCAUCUAUCAAACAUAAAAUUAAGCAAUUAGGAAAUGAUCGUUACUUAGUUUUAGAACAAGUAUUAAUAGCAGCAUGUGAUUGUAACCGUAUUGAUGUUGCCAAAGUAUGUUUACAAAUGCUUCUUAAUAAAUUCCCAGAUAGUCUUAGAGUACGUAGACUGGCAAUAACAAUACUAGAAGCAGAAGAAAAAUAUGAUGAAGCAUUAGAAUCUCUUGACAAACUAAUCAAGGCAGAUGAAACCAAUGCUCAAACCAGAAGACAUAAAGUGGCAAUAUUAAAAGCUAAAUGUCAGAUAAGUGAAGCCAUAAAAGAACUUGUUGAAUACCUUAAAAAGUUUAUGGUAGAUCAAGAAGGUUGGCAAGAAUUAAGUAAUUUAUACUUGUUGGAAGGAGAGUAUGCGAAAUCUGCAUAUUGUAUGGAAGAAAUGAUUCUACAUAAUUCUCAGAAUCAUUUAUAUCAUCAACGAAAUGCUGAUAUACGAUACACACAAGGAGGUACAGAAAAUUUGGAAUUAGCGCGUGCUCAUUAUUCAUAUGCUAUUCUUCUUAAUCCUAACAACAUCCGAGCUUUGUAUGGAUUAUACUUGACUGCUCGUAGUUUGAUGUCAUCACAAAAAAAUAAUCAAACAAAAAAAAAUACGUUCAAAAAAAUUGCUACAUUGUCAUUAAAACGAGUUGAACACAUGUACAGUGAGAAAAAACAAUUAAAUAAAAAAAAUCAGCUGUAUGUUCUUGAAACAUUAAUGGGAUCGUUGCAUUUGAGCUUAAAUUAAACUAGUCUUAGACAUUUGAUAUAACUCUAUAUUUAUUAUAUUUAUUUCAUAAAAAUUUAUUUGGCAUUUAUUAAGAUGAUAUUAUGCCUACACUUCUGUAUGAUAAUGUAAACUUUAUUUGAUACACUGUAACGUGUUCAGCCAAUAUGUCUAAAAACAUUUUCUGAAUUUUGUUUGUUUUUUGUUUUUUUAAAUUAUCAGUAUAGUAUUAAUAUUGCUGUUUUUUUCUAUGACCAAAUUUAUUGUUGUUUCUACAAAUUGUAUCUACCACUUUAUAUUAUAUUAUUAUUAUUAUUAUUUAAUUAACUACAACUAUAAUAAGAACAAAUUAAUUAAUAAAUCUGGAUAGUAAUAAAUAGUUGACGAUAAAAUUCAAAUAACUGCCACAAAUGUGGCACCUACAUUGCAACAACGAUUACACUGCCUAUUAGAUAAGGUAAUACUUUCAUCAACAUUUUGUUUCAAAUGCUAUAUAAUUUCUAGUAAAUAUUGAAAUAUGUUACAUUUACUCCUAAGAAAGUAAUAUUGUAUAAUUUAAUCAACUUACGUGUUUUUAAAGUUCUAU